AUGACUGCUCUGCUACCCAACUUCAGUGUCCCUGAGAGUACAGCAGUUCUGCUGCCGACUACAGACUCUCCGUUUAACCUGACAGCAGCUGCUCUGGCAGGACUUGGUUCAGGCCAGUCACUGGCCCCUCUCUGCACACAUUGUUGCUGUGGAUUUCUCAAUCGCACCUUGGCAGUGAUUUUCAUGGUCAGCCUGGCAUUUGCCAUUGUGGUUGGAAAUGUUGUCACCCUUACUGUCUUUGUGCAAACGAGGCAGUCCCGAACACCACAGGGAUACCUGAAAGUCUCUCUGGCCAUAGCAGACAUGAUGGUCGGUGUCCUUGUGGUCCCUUUCUCUGUCUACACCGAGAUCUCUCUGAUGGUGACCAGCACUCCUCCAAUUUGGUACCAGGGUAGUUCUACUUCCCCAGCCACCUCCUCUUCUCUUGGAGGACUAGUUAGCCCUUGGCAGCCCUGCAUGCUGAUUGGCCCAGUGUUCGCUGGAUGCACUUUUGUCUCUAUCAGCACCAUCUUCCUCAUGACACUGGAGCGAAGUGUGGCCAUCCUACGGCCACUCCACAAGGACGCCUUGGUGACCCGGAGACGUACUCUGCUCCUCAUCCUGCUCUCCUGGGCCGCCAGCUUCCUGCUGGCUCUCGCACCACUCAUCUUCAGCAGCAACUUCACUUUGGAGUACAAUGAGUGCAGUCGUAUGUGCAACUACACCCCACUAUUGUUUGGAAGCCAGCUGCCACCUGAUGCCAACAUUUUGCUGUCGUUCCCAGCAUUUGACUUCACAUUGCUCGGUGGCACGUUGGCAGUUAACAUUGUGUCUUUUACUAGCAUCCGACGGUACACCCGAAAACGCAAACUGCUCUCUGAGGGGAGUCUGACUGACGGAGGGGGAGGAGGAGGAGGGGGAGGGUGCCCUCACAGGCCCUCCUUUUCAGACAUCAAAGCUGCCAAGACAAUUGGCAUACUAACAUUUGCCUUCACAGCAUCCUUCACUCCCAUCGCAGUGUUUGUGCUUGGGAACGUGGUGGGAUACACCUGGUGUAACUUUUCCUUUUUUGCCUUCUGGAUUCUGACAGGAAACAGUUGCUGUAAUGUAAUUAUCUACAGUGUCAGGGACCACCGCUUCAGGAAGGGUGUGACCCUGCUUUUCCAACGAGAACAGUCCCCCCCACAUGGCGAGAAGACCUGA